AUGGCGUCCUCUUCGUCGAACGUAGUGGGUGUCCACUAUCGUGUCGGCAAGAAGAUCGGUGAAGGUUCUUUCGGUGUCAUCUUCGAGGGCACCAACCUUCUGAACAACCAGCAGGUGGCCAUCAAAUUCGAACCCCGGAAGAGCGAUGCUCCUCAACUGCGUGAUGAAUACCGGACCUACAAGAUCUUGGUCGGAUGCCCCGGUAUCCCCAAUGUCUACUACUUCGGACAGGAGGGUCUGCACAACAUCCUCGUCAUCGACCUUCUCGGUCCCAGUCUUGAGGACCUUUUCGAUCACUGCAACCGCCGGUUCUCGACCAAGACUGUGGUGAUGGUGGCCAAGCAGAUGCUUUCGCGCGUGCAAACAAUCCAUGAGAAGAACCUUAUCUACCGCGACAUCAAGCCCGACAACUUCCUCAUCGGUCGCCCGUCCACCAAGGCUGCCAACGUCAUCCAUGUCGUCGACUUCGGUAUGGCCAAGCAAUACCGCGAUCCCAAGACCAAGCAGCACAUUCCCUACCGUGAGCGCAAGUCUCUGUCGGGUACCGCUCGUUAUAUGAGUAUCAACACACAUCUGGGUCGUGAACAAUCACGUCGAGAUGACUUGGAAGCUUUGGGUCACGUCUUCAUGUACUUCUUGAGGGGUGGUCUUCCCUGGCAAGGAUUGAAGGCUGCUACCAACAAGCAGAAGUAUGAGAAGAUUGGUGAGAAGAAGCAGACAACCGCCAUCAAGGAUCUUUGCGAGGGAUAUCCUGAAGAGUUCAACAAGUAUCUGAGCUACGUUCGCAACCUCGGCUUUGAGGACACCCCCGACUACGACUAUCUCCGUGACCUUUUGACACAAGCUCUCAAGAACGCUGGCGAAGUGGAGGAUGGAGAAUACGACUGGAUGAAGCUCAACAAUGGGCGCGGAUGGGACUACAAGUCAUAUGGAUCGACACGCGACUUGCCUCACCAGACCUCGACGGGACGUGAUCUGCACGGGAGCCAGCUUCGCAGCAGCCAGCGGCCCGGUGUGACAGCCGACCGUUUAAACGCCGCGCAGCCCCCGCCCCCUUCUCCCGCCAAAGCCGGAGCAGGGAAGACGCGCGAGCGCCCAAACGGUUCCGGCGCGAUCCCGCCGAAACGCCAGAGCGGGGGUCUGGAAGCAACGACUCCAGCCGCGUCCACCCAGGCACAGUUCCAGAACUCUAACGCCCACCUUCCCGGCCGUAUGGGGAGCCCCGGAAACCCCGGCAUGAGCAGCCAGCAGGCUGGCGGUGUCCAAGGGAAUAAUGAUCCGCAGCCCACUUUCGCUCAGAAGGUGAUGAAGGCUCUGUGCUGCGGUAGGUGA